AUAUAAGCUGCAGCCAAUGCCAGUUACCCUUGGCUUGGACACCGACAUUCUAUCAGCGCUAUUUUAUAAUCGCACAUGCUCGCGGCGUUGGUUGCCCUUGUUGCCUAUUGUGCUUGUAUACCGUUGCAUUUGGCGUUUGAGUAGACCGUAAAGUUCGGCCAUGGUGCCCUGCAACACCUCCGUCGCAUGUGACCUCCGACGAACUCGAGGCGCUCUGUAGGCCACCAUGAGCAGCGCUUGGGAGAGUGGCAAAGACGCUGCAGUGCGCGAGUGCUUGCUGCGCGCUUGCCAGCGUUCCAGAGAGCGCGCCGAGCCCCCCAUUGUCAACAAGGCAACCUUCCGUUGGCCCGUUGCAGCGCCGGUGCCAGCAGGCAUCGAGGUGGAGGAGUACGAGUACUAUGUCGAGCCUGGGUCCCAGGGCUGGGUGCCGCUGCGAAUUGUCAGACCGGCAGAGCCCGCCGCGGCGGGGGCUGCUACUGCCGCCGCAGGAGCCACCACAUCCAUCGCGGCGGCAGUAGCAGCGGCCGAAGCCGCCGAGGCGGCUGACGCCGCGGAGGCAGCAGCGGAGGCAGCGGAUGAGGCCGCUGAUGGCGAGGAAGCAGCGGGGGAUGCGGAGGGUGACUGUGGGGAGGAGCAUGAGGGCAACGGGGGACCAGACCGUGACGCCGGCAUGGGCAGGGUUGACGGCGGCGCCGGGGAGGCGGCGCCCAAGCUCCGGCGGCGGCGCAGCAAGUGGAUGCCGCCGCCGCCAAUGAUCCGGCGGCCGGUGGUCAUCUUCAUGCAUGCCACGGGUGAGGGCAUGGACCACGUGCGGGCCAAGCAGGAGUUGUAUGCGCGCAUGGGCUACCUCACGGCCGCCAUCGAUGCUCGGUACCACGGCCAGCGCGCCGCCGUCCCGGCAGACCUGGCGGCGGCGGUUGACGCAGCCGCCAGCGCCGCCGGCCCUGCCGCCGUGUCGCACAUGCUGUCGGGCGGCGGCGGCGCCAGCCUCAGCGGCGGCGCGGCGGCGGAUGAGGACGCGGCGGCGGCGGCGGCGGCUAAGGCGGCGAAGCUGAAGGCGGCGGCGGCGGCGUCGACUUCCGUUAUGGCGGCGGUGAAGGGGCUGGAUGCAAAGACGCUUUCGGCUCUGGAGCGGGCGGAUGCGGCGGCGGGCCUGGCGCCUGGCGGCAGCUUCCUCAGCGGCUUCCCCGCCGGCGCCGGCUUUGGGGCAGGGCCGGCGGCUGCGCCGGCGGCGGGCAGGUCACACACCCCGGGAGCGAGCAGCGAGUCGGGUGCGGGGGCGGACGCGGGCAGCGCACGUGCCCUUGGCGCGCAUGAGGCGGCUGCGGCUGCAGAGACGGCGCGGCGGGAUGCGGCGCGGCGGGCGGCGCAUACACGGUUCCUGGACGCCUGGAUUGGCGCGGCGGCGGAGUUCCGGGCGCGGCGCGGCGCCGCCGCCACCGCCGCCGCGCUGGCCACGGCGCCGCCGCCCGAGCCGGCGGCCAGUGCUGGCGGCGGCGGUGGGAGUGCGGGCCGGCCCGCGGGGGCGGCGGCGGCGGCGGCGCGGGGCCGCGGCCCGGCGGCGGCGGCGGCGGCGGGUGACCGGCUGACGCCGCGCAAUGUGUAUGAGAUGGCGCUGGUGGCGGCGUGGCGUGGCUCCGGGGAGCGGCCGUUCUUGCUGGACACGGUGUGGGAUGUGUUGGUGCUGCUGGACAUCCUGGUGCGCCGCCGCGACGUGGACCCCACCCGCAUCGGCAUGACCGGCGUGUCGCUGGGCGGCAUGUUCACAUGGCUCACGGCGGCGGCCGACCCGCGCGUGGCGGUGGCGGCGCCAGUCAUGGGCGUGCAGGCCUUCGGCUGGGCGCUGGGGGCGGGCGCCUGGGGAGCACGUGUGGACUCCAUUCCGCUAGUGUUUGAGGUGGCGGCGGAUGACCUGGCGGCGGCGGAAAAGGAAAAGGCAAAGGAAAAGGAGCAGCGGCAGGGCGGGCAUGCGGCUCCGACUGGGGUUGCCGUGGGAGCAGAAGGGGUGCAGGGCAACGGCGGAGGCGCCGCGGACGCCGCGUCUGGGCGGGGCAAGGUCACUGCUGACGUGGUGCGGGCGGUGUGGGACAAACUGCUACCGGGCCUGCUCACGGACUUUGACGGCCCGGGCUCGCUGCCGCUCAUCCCGCUGCGGCCGCUGCUGGUGGCCACGGGGGAGUUGGACCCGCGCUGCCCCCUGCCCGGCGUGGAGCUCGCAGUGGGCGCGGCACGUGCCAGGUACGAGGCGUGGGCCAAACACCUGCGGGCCCAGGCCAAGCGUGCCGCGGACCUGGAGGAGGGCUUGCGGGCGCUGGCCGCGACCGAGUCCACAUAUGCGGCCGAGCGCGCGGCGGCGGACGACGCAGAGGAGGAGGCCGCGGCGGCGGCAGUCGAGGCGGCGGCGGGAGUGGCAGCGGAGCCGGCGGCGGAGCAGUCGACGGCGUCCGCCGCCGGGGCGGCGCGGGCGCCUCUGUCGGCACAGGGCAGCAGCAGUAGCAGCGCCGGCGGCGCCGCAGGCAGGGCGACGGCGGGCGGGGUGCAGAGGGAGGCAUCGAGCAUGCGGGCGGAAGCGAGCAGGGCGUCCGUGGGGAGGCAGGCGCCCGCAGCUGAGCGGUCAGAGGCAGCAGAGGCGACCCCGGCUUCGGCUUCCACAGAUGCCGCCGCCACGGAGGCAGAGGCAGUAGCCGCGCCGCCAUUGGAGGGUGCUGCGGCAGCUGUGUCAUUGGACGGGGAGGCUGUAGCGGACGGCGGCGAGGCUGCAGCCGGCGCAGAUGGCGACGCCGCCGCCAUUGACGCCGCUGCAUCUGAUGCUGGUCUUGUGCGGGAGGCCUCGCUCUCAUCGCGCUUCGUGGUCCCGCCCUGUACCUCGGAUGCGGAUUGGGAGACUCUGGAUGCAAGGCGCAAGGCGGUGCGUGCAGCUGCCAGGGCGCUGCAGGCGCAGCAGGCAGCGGAGGCGGCGGCGCGGGCGGCGGCGGAGGCCGCGCAGGCAGCGGACGCGCGCAUGGCGAACGCCACAGCGGCGGCGAUGGCGUCACGGGCAGCGACGCGGGCUGCUGAAGCGGCGGCGUGGGCGGCAGCCGAAGAGGGCGGCGACGGUGGCAAGGCCGCAGCUGCAUCAGCCGGUGAGGAGGGCGUGGAGGACCCUGCCGCGGCGGCUGAGGCGGCUGCCGCCGCCGCGCAGGCGGCGGCUGAGGCCGCCGCUGCGGCUCAGCGCGCGGCGCAGGCGGCUGUGGAGGCGGCGGCGGCGGCCGCCGUGAUGUCGGCCGCGGCCGCGGAGACCGCUGCGGAGAUGGCAGCGGUGGUGGCGGCGGAGGCGUCUGCCCUGUUUGAGGAGGCGUCCAGGUUGGAGCAGGAGGCGGUGGACGCGAUGGUGGGUGAGAGGCUGAUGCUGGUGGUGGAGGUGGGCGUGGGGCACACGGAGACGGCUGGCAUGCAGCGGGCGGUGGAGGGCUGGAUGCACCGCCACCUGCUGUGGCCGUGGAAGGCGGAGCAGCAGGCGGCUGCGAAGAAGGCGGCGGCGAAGGCGGCGGCAGCAGCGGCGGUGGCUGGAGCAGAGGCUUCGGCUGGGGUUGCGGAGGAGGAAAGCCGUGUUAGCGAUGGCGCUAGCGAUGGCACAAGAUGAGAGCGCCGAACGGCGCCGCACCUGGGUUUAAGCUGCAUUCACGAGGGCGUGGAGGAUCAGUGCGUGUUGGGGGCGGUGGGACUCGGCCAGAAGCAGUAUGUUGUACUGUGCGCGGGGAAACCAUCCUGCUGUCACCUUGCAGGUCACGUGGCCCCAACCUGCAACGGUUGGAUUAUUAGGUUACGCGGCGGACUGUUGUCGACGCCGACAUGUUGUUACUGAAUUCACGUACAGUCGAAAGGCUCAAUGCUGAGUUUCAGACCGCCGGACUAUUGGCCUGCAACCCUUGGACGUCAUGUUGUUGAUGAAGUCUUCACUUGCAGUACUCGAAGUGGCUUGCGCGCACGUGUGGGAAAUGGGCAUGCACAUGUCAAGUGGGGAUGAGUGCCUGAUGCGCUACGCUAGUGGGUGAGCGUGUUCGGCUCCCUCGUUCCCACCGA